AUGGGGAAUGGGAGAGACGCCCGGGGCCGGCCCUGGCUUCGGCUGCUGCAUUCGUGUGCCCGUGGCUCCCGGUGCGCUCCGUCGGUAAGGGUCUCGUGGGGCUCAAGAAGUGGGACAGCUCUCCUCCUCUUUCUCCUCUUUUUCUCCUCCUCCUUCUCCUCUUUUUCUCCUCCUUUUCCUCUCCUUUCUGUGCUUUCACGUGCAUUUACGGGAACCUGCUGGGAGGCUUUUUAAGAGAUGAGAUCGCAGCCCCACAUCUGCAGGCAACGGGAGCGCACUCGUUCCUUCUGCUUUGGAGCCUGCAAACGGCCGUAAAUCGGGGUAAAAACGCGAGCUGCAGGAACCCCCGAGGAGGCAGAGCCCGCGGUCGCGCGCUACAGCUGGCAGCUGGGGAGAUUUAUUGUUUUUUUUCGAUAUUUUUUCAGCCCAGGGGGUGUGUGUUUGUGAGUGGCGUUAGGCGGCAGGAGGCUGGAGGCAGCUGGGGGCCGCUGAGGGCUCUUUGUGGGUCAGGGUAGCAAAAGGGCACUGGAAAUGGGACCCGCUCUUAUGGACACCUGAACAGUGCCCCAGCAAGCAGGGCAGCUCCUACCCACAGCCGAGCUAGCGUGGGGAGGACUACGAGAGGGUUAGCUGCACUCAGCAGCCUGCUUUGGGUCGAUUUCUGCUAUUUUGACGCUUUCACCGCGGACUCGGCCGUGUCCCACUUCUGGCACAGCCUGUGCGCGGCUCUUUGUCUUCUGCUGCCCCAGGAGGAACGCCACGGAGCCGAGGGGGUCCGGCAGCAGCAGAGCCCGGCCGUGCUCCCGGUGUGUGCAGCUCUCAGAGACCCCCAAUCCGCCUCCCCUUGCGCCCCAGCCGUGGCUCCCCCGGGGCAGGCGGCUGCGCCGGGACGGGCGGCACGUGCCCGGCCAGGAGGAAGGCGAAGAACUCGCUGAAACUAUGCCACGCACGGACGGCGGCUGCAGCCCAGGCCAUGGCAGGGGCCGGCAAGGCUUUGGUGCUCCACGUCCUGCUCUGCUUCCUCUGCAGAGGUGUUGCCCAAAUCAAGUGCCUGGGCAGCGUGUGGAUCGAGCCCGGCCUGGAGGUGCUGAUGGGCUCCAACAUCUCCAUCAACUGCGUGUCCACCGUCGGCUGCCCGAGGAGCAACCUCUCCAUCCAGCUCAACAGCACGGCCCGUAACGAGACCCUGCGCCCCCUCAACGGCAGCGCGGCCCAGCUGCGGCUGCACGACUUCAGGCUGCCCUACAGCAGCGUGCUCUGCUUCGACCACUGCGGCAGCAAAGAGAACAAGGUUCUGGUCUGCGGGACGGAGGUCUGGGCCGGCUACCCCCCGGAGACCCCCGGCAACCUGACCUGCACCAUCGGGGAGGACUCGGGGAGCCUGGCGUGCACGUGGGACGCGGGGCGGCCGACCCACCUGCGCACCGAGUACCGCCUGCACCUGAACAGCACACAGACAGGCACAGGAGGACGUGUUCCCUGCGGGCUCGCCGGUGCCCCUGAGCGCUCUGCGUGGCGGCAGCCGCUACUUGGCGUGGGUGCAGGCCCGGAACGCACUGGGCACUGCCCCCUCUGCCCCGCGGCACCUCGACCUGCAGGAGCUGGGUACGUGGGGACAAGCACGAGUGGCACCGCUCUCACAGCCCUGCCCGUCGCUCGCAGGCUCUUCCUGUGCCAGUUUUGGGGAGAUGGGUGCAGGCCGGGCUCAGGGCUCUCGCUCCCCCCGCAGUGGUGCCCGCGCUGCCCUUGGCUGAGGGCGCGGAGACGACGCUGGGCUCGCCUCCCAUCACCACCGGUCCGCUGGAGGCAGCAGACGCAGCUGGAGGACGUGCACUGCGAGGAGCGGCACAAGGCGGAGGACGCCCCAAUGUGGCAUGUGGAGGCGUGGGACAGCGCGGUGCGGGCCGGGCACCCCCUGCAGAGUGACACCCACUACGUGUUCCAGGCCCGGUGCCGGCGCAGCCCCCCCAACAGCCCCUGGAGCGCCUGGAGCCCCCCCUUCAUGUACACCACCCCCGAGGCCGCCCCCGCGGCAGCACCCGACGUCUGGCGGCGCCUGGGCUCGGUGUUCCCGAACGGCAGCCACGAGGUGACAGUCUUGAUCAAGCCUCUGCCACCCCGUGCUGCCCGUGGCAGGAUCCUGGGCUACGCCGUGUCUGUGGGAUCAGGACAGCUCCUCUGCAACACCUCCAGCACCUCCUGCAGCGUCCUGGUGCCCCCGGGGGUGCGCGUCCUCCACGUCACCGCUCACAACUCCCGGGGGGCGUCCAGCCCGGCCAACGUGACGCUGGGCCGGGAGGCCAGGCAGCAAGCCUUCCCAGCACCGGCGGCGGUGGAGGUGCAGCGCCAGAACCAGAGCAAUGUCUCGGUGUCCUGGCAGCCCCCGAGCAGCAGCAGGAGCCCCCCGCUCUGGUUCAUCGUGGAGUGGGUUUCCACAGCUCCGUACAGCAAGGAGGAGCGCUUCUUCUGGAAGAAAGUCCCGUACCAGGACACGCUCACCUACAUCCAAGAAGACACAGCAGUGGCAAGCAACAUCAACGUGUCGGUUUAUGCAGUCUACCCAGACGGAGUGAGCAAACCCAGCUCUGGCCAAGUCUCCUCAGAGGAUCAGAUCCCAAGCUUCAGCUACAACGAGACUUCCCACGAUGAUGACACUGGAGUUUACCUGGGAAUGGGUGUCAGUGUGAUCGUAUCAUCAGUUGUUCUUGCUGUUCUGAUGUUUAAAAAAUCAGCUAGAAAAAGAAUUAAAGCAACAGUUGCGUCACUCUUACCGAAAUGGCUACGUGAAGAUUUUCCCCACAUGGAAAACAGCAACGUGAUAAAGUCACUCCAGGAGAAGAGUGAAUUCACAAGCAACACCUCCUGUGAGCCGUUCCUGGAUCCCACGAUCAUGGAAGUAGAGGAGAUGUCAGCGCACGAGAAAUACAAGAAUGUGGACAUCAAAAAGAAACCCAGCACAGCGGUCCCUGAGAACGUGGAGCACCCACAGAGCUCAGCACCAGCCGUCAGCACUGCCCCUGAGCACGUCAGUGACUACAAGCCUCAGAUUUCCGACGGGAGCCCUCUGGGAUAUGUAGCUGCCAAUAUUUACCAAGCACAGUCCCACACACCGGCUCCAGAACCGGAGACAACCGAGACAACCUUUUUCUUCAGAGACUACACCAGUCCCGUUAGCUACCUGUGGAACGCCGAAGGAGCGGAGCACAACGUCUGUCUGCUGGAAAAGAUCAACCUCAUUUUAAACAACAACAGAAGUGGGCAAAACUACGCGUUCAGCUCAGCGCAGGAGGAAAAUCAGUGGGAAAAAACGCUGUCGAGUGAAAAUGUUCAAGAGCAGACACUGGUCCCAGAUGAGCUGGUCUCUUGCUUGAGAGCAAAGAACGAAGAACCUGUGGAUAUACAGAGCUGUCUGCAGCAACGCAUCGGAAGGUUAUUUUGAGCAAAGUUAUAACCGGGAUUAAAAAAACACAACACAAAAUUACGAGUGGAUCAUCAUGGUGCACAUCUGCCUUUGGGAUUACAAACAUCAGAACUGGAACAAAGCUCCAAGUCCAAAACUCACUCCCUUAAUGGACUGUGAAUAGUUUUGGAUGCAUGGAUUGCCUUGGCCAGUAAAUCAUCGUUUUACACUUACCUCAUAUUUUUACAAGCAUAACAAUGCAUAAAUGCAGGGGUUCCUGUAAGAACUGAACUACAAAGCAGGUGAUUUCUACAGGAUACAAUAUGCUUCAAUUAUUAUUCUAAGUCACUCUUUGGUUAAGUACUUGGAACAUGCAAUACCUGGAGCUGAUAUCUUUUAAGAUGGAUAAAACGAUCCCUUGGACAUUCUGAUUAAAUUGUGUAAAAUACCCUGGGAUCACUCAUAAUGAGGAGACACUACACUGAGCAUGAUCUAUCUAUCAUGCAGCACCCACGGCUACCAUAUGAUUUUUUUUUCUGUUUGACAGGAUAACUCAGUUUCAUUUUCCCUUCCAUUCAAUAAUAAAAAAUACAUCAGAUAAGAACGGGCCUUCAUCAGCUUGGCCUACCAGCCUGAUUUAAAAUCUCUCUCUAAAUUUGUCUCUAGAUGGGUGAUGUUUUGGUUUGGGCGAAGCAUUUAUUGUCUCACAUCAGUUUGUCAGUGGUUCAGCUUUGCUGUUCUGCAUAAAGCAGAACAUGGCACAGAGAAAUGGCAUUUAUUAGGCAUAUAACAGGGAAUUCGGAUCUUCUGAAAUACAGAAAAGGAAAUAGGGGAGCCCCCUUCCUGCUGAGGGGUCUUGGAACCAUUCUAAGUUUGCCCAGGGCUUCAGAGGUGGUCCUGCAAGAUGUUCCUAAAGCAACCAGAAACUGCCUGGAAAUGGGAGAGGUUGGAUUUUGUAUCUAGCCCUUACUUGACUGACCACCCCGGCCUUUUCCAGGAAACACUUUAAAUGCUUUUAAGGAACAGAAGCACAAAGGAAGCUUACUACAUCCUGUAAAACACUUCGCUGCUCUCCCAGGGCGGUGCUGGCCCACAAGCAGGACCCCCAGUUGCCACAGCAAUGCUAAAAAAGUGUAAUUUUAGUGCCCAGAGAGUUGUAAUGCCCCGGUGCAGCACCCAGAGCAUAGACACAGUGCUCUUUUACCUCUGAUCAUGGCCAGCCAGCAGCACAGUGCCCAGGAAGGAAUGAUCCUCACUGCCUUGGCCAGCUCAGGGCAGCUCCCUCCGGAGCCCCUUGACCUCCGCAGGCCACCAAAGCUGUGCUCUGCAGCUCAGCUGUGCACAUUUUAGGGUUUUCUAAAGCACUGCAUGGAAACUGUAAAAACUACUGUCUGAGAAAGGUGGCUGUGGGCAUCCCAGAGCCCUCAAUGUGGGCUGGGUGCUUAAAAACACCCGUGGGUGCCCUGCAGAGCAGCGUAUGGACAGCUCUGCGUGAUCAUGGGCUACCCAUCACUCCUGCACGUAGGUCUGAGUCCCCGUUCACAAGCAGUGGCACUGAGGAGCCUCUGAACCAUGUAGCAGGACGUGUGACUUCUGUUCACAGAGGAGCCUGCGCGAUUAGAGAUCUGGGUAGCUCAGCUGGCUGUGCACAUCGCAGCAAAUAUAUGCAGGGGAUAUAUCCUGGAAGGCUGAUGUCAACAUCAUCACAAUAAAAGGAAAAAAAGA